AUGCCUCGCACGAGAAACACUGUUGCCCCUACUGGAGGCAACCGAAAUGAGACGAACGAUAAUGAUACCGGCCAAGAAAACCGACAGAACCCCAUCUUCAUUGAUGAUGAUGAGGAUGAAGAACAACGUAUGGUGACUUUGGAGGAGUUCUUGCAAUACGCCUCUGAAGAGCCUGAAUGGUUAUAUGAUAAGCUUCAAGUGACUCACAAACGAUAUGACGACCGCCUUGAAGAUCAUAAGGUCCGUCUUGCUGAAGAAGAACUCCGCUGUCAAACCAAGGAUGGAGAAAUCACCCUUCUGCGCCGCAAGAUUGGAGAAAUUGAGGACGUCAAGCAGCAGCUUGUUGAAGUGACGACUGAACGCGAUGCAUUUGGGAGCCAGAUUGCCCGACUGGUGAUGGAUGGGACCAAUGGUCGUCAAGCCUCUCCAAUGGCCAUCAACCGAAAGACCACCAAGAUCCCUGACCCUCCGAUGCUCACUGAUGGCAAGGAACCCCGAUUUGAGGACUGGCUCCUCCUGAUGAACCAGAAACUCACUGCCAACGCUGACCACUUCGAUACGUCCCAACUGCGAAUAGCAUAUGUGGCUAGUCGAUGCGAUGGUAAGGCUCGAAAGCACAUCACUCCCCGUAUGUGA